AUGACUAGCACUCAGGCUGUUAUCACGUCACUGGAGGCAGGUCAGCGGAACCAGGGUGCCAUUUUGCAAGAUCUGCAGACCCAGGUGGGCAUCUUGGCCCGCCAAAACACCGCCAGGGCACCGGGGAUUCUACCUGCCACCACUGUUCCGAAUCCUCGUGAUCCUCACCAGCUUCAGCAGCUGGAUGCCAUUUUUACCAUGAGCGGUAUGACCAUAUCUGCUGAUCCUGUCCCGGCCAAGCAGGAGGAACCACUACCUGUUUCAGCACUUCCAGCCGACGAUGCAGCAGUGCGGGUGGAGAAGGAAGCCCCUGCUCCCAAGCCACAACCAGUGGUUAAGGAGCAUGUACCCCAGCUUCCCUUCCCCACUCGCCUACACAAAGACAAGUUGGAGACUGAGUUUGCCAAUUUUAUGGCAAUUUUGAAGCAGCUCAACAUCAGCAUACCGUUUGUGGAGGCACUGUCGAAGAUGCCCAAGUACGCGAAGUUCAUGAAAGAUCUCCUCACCAACAAGAAGAAACUUGGGGAUCUCUCGACAGUGUUGCUGAGCGAGGAGUGUUCUGCUAUCCUACAGAACAAGCUGCCCAAGAAGCGCAAGGAUCCAGGGAGUUUUACUAUCCCUCUUACUAUUAGCAGCAUGCAUGUAGGCAAGUCCUUCGCGGACCUAGGCGCUAGUAUAAAUGUCAUGCCAUAUAAGUUGUACAAAAAGCUAGACCUAGGUGAACUUAGCCCUACUAGGAUGAGCAUUCAGCUAGCUGAUCGUUCCAUUGUGCAUCCUAGGGCGAUCAUAGAGGAUCUGCUUGUUAAUGUAGGUGCAUUCACAUAUCCUGUUGAUUUUGUUAUUCUUGAUAUACAUGAGGAUGUGGAUGUGCCUUUGAUUCUGGGGAGACCAUUUCUUGCCACCGCCAAGGCACUUAUUGAUGUGCAUGAUGGUAAACUGAUCAUGCGUGCUGGCAAUGAACAGGCUGUUUUUUCUGUGACUGAAUUUGAUCACUGUGCUAUGAUUGCUGUCACACCUGUGCAUGCCCUUUCUGAUCAGGUACACGAGCCUGUCGUGUAUCCUUCUGCACCUCUCAUUUUGCAGGACCCUCCUAUCAUUCCUUCGCCGCCACUCCAUCCAGCCUCGCCUCCAAACAAAAAGAUCAAGGAGGAGUGGCGGCCGAAGCAGCAGGUUGCCAAGCCUGCAUGGAAGAAGGGUGGAGACCACUACGAGCUGGUCCCACCUCCUGCACCACGACAACCCUGGCCAUCCGGGUACUCACUCGCCUGCAUCUUGCCGGAUGGCCAGGUCGAGCUGACCGAUGAUGGUGGUCGCAUCCGUCGGGUGCAUGGCCACAACCUGAAGCUGUACCUCAAGAGCGACGUGGAUCCGCUCUUGGAGGCACCUGUUCCUUCACUUCCCUGA